UCCUCACCAAUCAUUUCUUUUUGUUUUCUCUAUAAAACCUAACCCCACCCCUAUUUCUUACCUUCUUUGCAUCAUUAUAUUAAUAUAAAACCGCAUCCUUAUCUUUUCCCUCAACCAUUCGUUUCUUCCUAUUUCUUCCUCUCCCUUCCCAUAACCAGAUCUAGGGUUUCACAGCACAGAACCUAAUGCAAAAUUCUCCAAUGUUUUCCAAAUUCUCAUGACACACCCCUCCCUCAUGCGUCGAAUUCGUCUUCUUCACUCUUUCUCAGUCGUUUUUCUCUACUGGUUCUACGUUUUCUCAUGAACUUCCUCUCAAUAAUCCCUUAAUCCUGUCUCUUUCUUCGUAAUCAUUCAUCAUCAUAUUCAUCAAAAAAUUAGAUCUGAAAUUCAUAAUUCCGUAAUUUUUUUAUAUUUUAUUUUUAUAAUUCUGUUGUAUAAUCCAAUAAAAAUGGCUUCGAUUCAUGGUACGGCGAGUUCAGGAUCUGACGGAACGAUCGACGAGAGGAAACGGAAGAGGAUGCUAUCGAACCGUGAAUCCGCGAGACGAUCACGGAUGAGAAAGCAGAAACAGUUAGAGGAUCUGAGCGAUGAAGCAAGCAAGUUACAAAUUGAGAACAAGAAACUCGCGGAGGAUAUAAAAUCCAAGGAAGAAUCGUUGAUUGAAAUGGAAGCUUCUAACGGCGUUAUCAGAGCGAGGACUAUGGAGUUAACGGAGCGGUUACGGUUUCUUAACUCGAUUCUUGAAAUCGCUGAAGAAGUUAGUGGAUUAACGGUUGAGAUUCCGGAGAUUCCGGAUCCGGUUCUUAAUCCGUGGCGAGUUCAUCAUCCGAUUCAACGGAUUAUGGCGUCUGCGGAUGUGUUCUUGCAUUGAUUGAACGAGCCUUUGUUAGUUUACUGUUGAAUGUGUUUUUUUAGUUUAAGUUAUUACCAUUGUGUGUAUAAAUAAUGAUGGUGGAGUUGUGAUGGUUGUUAUUUUAUUGGGUUGAUGAUGUAACAUAUAUCUACCUGCAUUGUUUAAUUUAUGUAAUCAUUUUUAAUGUCA